AUGAAAGAAAUUAUUAAUUUGCCUUUAAUUUCCCAAGAUUUAAGGGAAGAUGAAGUUUGUAUACGAGCGAUCAAAACUUUUGAGUUCUUGAAUAAUGUAAUUGAUGACAUUUUCGACCGUAUUGAAUCAAGAGUUAAAGAAAACAUGACAAAAAUGGAGAAAAUAAAUAAAAGACUUGAAGCAGCAUCAAGCAAAAUUGAAAGCUUGAAAGGGAGCAGAAAAGCCAUUCGAAUGUAUUCUCAAGCUAAAUAUCCAAUUCCAAAUACUCCAAUAUUUUCGGAAACUUUUAAGAAUUUUUCUGUCAAUGAGAUUGACUUUAGUUACAAUCUUCAAUCGUCAUCUGACCCUAACCGCUAUAAAGAAUAUUCAGAAAAGCUUCAAUUCUUUCAUAUCAAACGUAAUCGACAAAAAAUAUCCGAAAAGCCAAAUUUAGUGUUCCAAACUAAUUCAAUUAAUUCAUUGAUAACAUUUGUGAACAACGAAAAUAUUGUUCUAAAUGAUUUAUCAUCAAAAACACGCGCUAAAGAAAAGACAUCCACAACUGCUCAAGAUAUCAACGAUACAGCAGAUUUCAACAGAUUUUCUUCGUUCAUGAAGACAAAGAGAAACGAUUACUUUCAUUAUUCUCCAAAUAGAAAUCAAGCUCCAGAAAUAGAACUCCCAUUAGAUUUACCAGAACUUCCGGGAAUUGCUGAUGACAUUUCAUUCUCAUUAACUGAUAAAGAAAUUAUCGAUUCGUCAUUAACGAAAAUGAACAUUGUGAACGAACUUCCAAAUGUUGCUGAACUUAUGGAAGCUGAUUCAAGCAAGAAAUUAACGCAAACUUUAUCAAGCAAUCAAGACGAAGGAGAUUCAAAAGUUUUAUCAACGAAAUCCGAGAUUUCUAAUGUACCAGCAGUGCCUGCUAACAUCCCGCCACCUCCACCUCCACCAAUUCCUCAAAACUUUAUUCCUGCUGCACCACCAAUACCCAAAGACAUUACAAAUAUCAAGAAUAAAACGCAAGCUGUAGCACCACAAGAAGUCUCUGAAUCAGGCGACGCUCGAUCUUCUCUUAUGCAAGCAAUUCGAAAUGCUGGAGGAAAAGUGAAACUUAAAGCUGUUCCUGCAAGAGACGAAGAUGUGACUAAUGCUAAAAAAAAUGUUCAAAAACUUCCAGCUAUGGAUUUGAUGUCAGAUUUACAUGCAAAACUAGCCUUACGACGACGAGGAAUUGCAGGAACAAAAGAAACUAAAAAGGAAAAAUCAUCAAUACUUGCCAAAGUUAGCUCUUUAAUUCCUGCUCCUACUGAAAGAUCAGAAAGCGACAAUGAUUCAGAGAGUAAUGAUGGCAGUGAUUGGGAUUGA